ACAUAUAUACAUAGGUUAUGAGUCGGUUUGAGCGUGGACCGAGUUGUAUGUAGUUGUGUCUGUAAUCAGUAAGUAAGCAUGUGUAUGCAUUACUGAGAUUUGUCAAGUGGGAAGAGGUCUUUGUCUGUCUCUGCUCUACUCAUUUGGUAAUGGGUGAGACUGAGAGUGGAAGAAGAAGAAGAAGAAACAGAAGCAGAGGAGCGUGGAAGCUCAGUUGUGGCUGGAGGAAUUGGAAACAUGUGCUUCAUCCACUCCCCAUCCACACUUCUAACCCAAAUUCCUCAUCUGUAUCUCCAUCAACAACAAUAAACUCAUCAGGGGAGCAAACAGAAAAAACAGAUUGCUGUAACAUCACUAAAAUCAACGACAAUGGCAUUCCUAAUAAGAAUUUGUGUGCAAUAUGUUUAGAUCCUCUGAGUCACAAAAGCAAAGGCAGCAAAGCUAUAUUCACUGCUCAGUGCUCUCAUGCAUUCCACUUUGCUUGUAUCUCCUCCAAUGUUCGCCAUGGUAAUGUCACUUGCCCGAUUUGCCGUGCCCAAUGGACCCAGCUCCCUCGCAACCUGAACAGUGGUUCAACUAUUUCUACUAACCGAAGUGAUCCCAUCCUGCAAAUUCUUGAUGAUUCUAUAGCUACCUUCCGAGUACAUCGCCGCACUCUUUUGCGCUCCACCCGCUAUGAUGAUGAUGACCCUGUUGAGCCUGAUGAUGCACCUGAGAUACACAAGCUGUGUUUCUCUCUUGCACCUAUUCCACCAAAGGCACCUACUAGCCAUCUAUCCCCUCAUCCCUUAUCCUGCGGCUCCUCAUCACUGUUACAGUCUCCUCCUCAACCUAUGCAUAUCAUGUUCCCUUCCUCCAAUAGAUCUUAUCUUUCAUUAAAACUAGCCCAAGAACGAGCAACUGAUUUGGUCUUAGUUGCUAGCUCCAAUGGACAACACCUGAGGCUUCUCAAACAAGCAAUGGCUCUGGUGGUUUUCUCCCUCAGACACACUGAUCGCUUGGCCAUUGUUACACACUCCUCUGCUGCAGCCCGUGUGUUCCCUCUAAGACGCAUGUCAUCAUAUGGGAAGCGUACUGCCCUUCAAGUCAUUGAACGUUUAUUUUAUAUGGGGCAAGCCGACCCAGUUGAAGGGUUAAAGAAAGGAAUUAAGAUACUGCAAGAUCGCACCCACAAGAACUCCAAAUCAUGUAUCCUGCAUCUAUCUGAUAACCCUACAAGACCAUACCAUGCUGUAAACAUGGAACUGCCAUCUACACCCAUUCACAGAUUUCAUGUGGGAUUUAGCUUUGGUACUUCUAAUGGAUUUUUCAUACAAGAAUUUGAGAGGUUCUUGAACAAGAUUUUGGGAGGCAUUGUUCGAGAUAUACAGCUGAGAAUAUGUGGGACUGGAGAGGAAGUUGGCGGUUGCAGAGUCGUAAGAAUUGGAGACAUGAGAGGUGGAGAAGAGAGGAGAGUAGUGUUAGACUUGGGUGACUGUACAGAUGUAUAUGUAGAAUAUAGCUACACUGAAGGAGAUAUUGAUGAAUGUGUUAGAAGAACAGGGGAAACUGUUGUAGGUAUUGGAGACCAUAAAGGUAGGGUGACAGAAGUUGCUGAGGAAACAAUGAAUAUAAUUGGCAGGAGUUGCAGCGUUGAAAGCUGGGAUUUUCAUGACCCUUACAUGGCCAGAAGAUGGGCCAAGCACUUGCAGGGUCAUAGGCUUUGAAAAUACAAACAUCUCUUGACUCUAGACCAAUCCAUUACUUUUAAGACAUUGGUCUUCGGCUAUCCCCACCAUUUAGACCUCAAUUUAGUAAGGAAGUAAUCGUACAGAACUAGAGAUUAGAGGAGGUACUGAAUAUGAAGGAGUCAAGGUCAUAUUUAAGCAUCGGCCAGCCUACAUAGAUGAUUGCAUCAUAGGAGGACAAUGUACCAAUUCGGGGCUUAAACUUCAUGCAGCAAUUCAGGGUCUUGCUAUUUGUGCACAAUGGCUAACGUAAAAUUUUUGUAGAAAACCAUGUACUGAUCACAAUGUGUCAAAGAAAGUGUAUUUUUUUCCUAAUAACUAUAAUAAUAUUAGAUAGUGUAAAAUACAAUCAUCUAUGUGUCAAAGAAAGGAUAUUUGCUUUGGUGCACCCCAAUUGCAUUAGAGACUGGUGCCUUAAGUAAUCAUCAAAGCAAAUACACUGGUGCCUUUAAGUAAUCAUCGCUACUUAAAUGCAACUAUCAAUUUUGGGUCUUAC